GCUUCUAAUUUUGUACUUUUCUAGGGUGAAGUUGUUCCUGCAAGUGGUGGAGAACAGCAAGUUGCAGAAGGUGCUGCAGCAGAUGGGACAGCAGCACCAGCCCAAGAUGCAGGACAACAGGCUCGGCAGCCAACUGCUGGGGAGUCUUUCAUGGCCAUCACCAAAUCACUCAUAAUCAGAGCUAUCAUCAUUUAUUUUAUCACUUCAUUUUUCAGGCGUCCCCAGCAACCUACAGGGCCACAGGGUACAGCAGAAGGCCAACCUGAUCCAAGUGGUCGUGUUCCAGCUCUCAACUUGUUCCAAGAUGGAGACAGUCUAGACCUUUAUGUAUAUAUUUCAGAGUCAGAGUUCUUUUCAGAUUUCAGAAAUCCUGAUGCUUUAGUAUGGCUCAAAGAAGAUUUGAUUUAUGGGGACUGGACAAGUGGGCCAGAUGGUGAUGGCACUUACUCACACUCCAUUACAUUUCCCACAUCGGAGAAUUUACGCAACAAUGGUUCAUUAUAUAUUCAUGCAUAUUUUGUGAAAACUGGUUUCUCUCCGGACCCAGAAGCUGAUGAGGGCCGAUAUAACCGUAAGUUAACCACUCAUAGCACUCAAAGACUAAACAAGUACAAAAGGCGUCGUUACAGGAAGACCUCAAAUCUUCUGACUGGGGAGACACAAUUAUCAGAAGAGGAACGUCUGAAGGCAGAGACUUUAACAGAAGAAAUAGUAUCUCAUUGGCACCCAAAUAUCACUGUAAACAUUGUCCAUGAUUUUACUCAGUGGACAAGAGGAAUGGUACCAGCACCUUUGGAUGAGUACCUAGAAUUCACACCAGCAGGUGACAGAUACAAGCCUAUUACCUUUUUGAAUACAUACUGGAAUCUUGUGAAAGAUUAUCGAUCAAUCAAUGCCACUACAAAAAUGCUAGACUUGACAGUCACCUUCCAGCCCCUGUCACUCUUCAAAUGGCAGCUGUAUGCAGCACAGGCUAUGAAGAACAGGUGGCCUGGCACUGCAAUGCUUGAGAACUUUGGAGGCGAAGAGGAUGAGGAGGAUCAGGACACAAUUAAGGAAGCUUUUCUGGAAACUUCACCAUAUCUCCUUGGCCUCACGAUGAUCAUAUCUCUCUUGCAUUCAGUGUUUGAAUUCCUUGCCUUUAAGAAUGACAUUCAGUUUUGGAACAACCGUCAGUCGCUUGAAGGUUUAUCAGUGCGAUCAGUUUUCUUCAAUGUCUUUCAGUCUGUUAUUGUGCUCCUGUAUGUGUUAGAUAAUGAAACAAAUUUUGUUAUUAAAGUUUCUUGCUUUAUUGGACUGGCUAUUGAAUUGUGGAAAAUAACCAAAGUUACUGAUGUGUCGAUUAACAGAGAGAAGAGAAUUUUUGGCAUUCCUUUGCUGAAAUUCACAGAUAAGGGCACUUACAUACAAAGUCAUACAAGACAGUAUGAUGAACUGGCCUUCCGCUACUUAUCAAUAGCCUUGUUUCCCUUAUUAGGGGGUUAUUGUGUUUACUCCCUCUUCUAUCAAGAACACAAAGGAUGGUACUCUUUUGUACUGUCAAUGUUGUAUGGAUUCUUAUUAACAUUUGGCUUCAUUAUGAUGACACCACAGCUUUUCAUUAAUUACAAACUGAAAUCAGUAGCUCAUCUGCCAUGGAGAAUGCUCACCUACAAAGCCCUCAACACAUUCAUUGAUGACAUAUUUGCAUUUGUCAUCAAGAUGCCUACCAUGUACAGAUUAGGUUGCUUGAGAGAUGAUGUUAUUUUCUUCAUAUUUUUAUACCAGCGGUACAUCUACCGUGUUGAUCCCUCCAGAGUAAAUGAAUUUGGCUUCUCUCAAGAUAUGGAAACAGAAGCUAGAGAAAAGAAACAAAAUGAAGCUGUUGUCAAUGGAUCAGCCAUUGAGGAACCAAAAUCUGCAGAGGACAAAAAGAAAGAUUAAUGUGUAAAUUAAAUCCACCAAACAAUGUAAAUGUCACUUGUUUAUCCAGCAUAUCUUCUGGACUUGAAAAGAACAGAAGUAUGAUCAUUGUAAAGGGGUCAUUCUGAUCAUUGUAUGUCACAUUUUUAUUCAAGUUAUUUACUAUACAUAUUCUCUGCUUAAUAGGCAGAAUUGAUUAUUUUCUCAUCUUAUAUUACAUUGUAAAGUGCCAGCAGGACAUUGUACAUAUUUUGAUUUUCAUGUCUGCUAUAUUCUGAAGGCAAAAAAUUAAACCAAAUAGCAAAGAGUUAUAGAAAGAAAUGUCUUUCAUUUUUUUUAAUGUUUAUAGGACUUUGUCUUCAUUUUAAUAACUGGUAUCCUGUAUAUUUGUCAAAUGUUUAACCAUCUCAUGGCACCCAUUAUUCCUUUGUACAACAGCAUAAUAGAAAAAUGGCUCUUUUCUCAGGGUUUAAGUUAUUAAAGCCUUUCAUGGUAUAUAAGAACUUCAGCAGGCCUAUCUUAGUUCAUAAUUAAAUGUAAAGUUGUGCCUGUUUAUUCUAUGGUAUUGAAUUGAAUGCCUUGAAUUGUUUGACAUGUAGUAUUUUUAAAUGACAGGUUUAACUUAUUUUUCAAUGCUAACAGCAAUCCCACCAAGCAUAAAUGCUGCAGUUUCUAGGCCAUUUCGUAAUAUUUAUAAAUGCAUGUGGUCUAUUCUUUUGUGAACUGCAAAAUAUAGAACAUUGUUUAUAGUUCUCACAUUGAAUGGCAAAAAGUUGCCAAGACUCAUUGCAGUGUAAUAACAAUUAGCUACUUUUCAAUUUUUUUUUAUUUAAUGAUACGUAUUGAUUUUAUUGCCGAGAUCUUAAGUACUGUGCAGUAUUCACUUGAGCAGAAAAUAUGUGAAGGCAUAUAAUUUAUAGGAGUUAAUUAUACCUCUUGCGUUCCGAUGUGCAUACUAGGAGUAAUGAUCUUGCAAAUACAAAGCUGAGCAUAAGAAGCAGAGACUGCUUGCUGUUCAGAGCACUCCCUCAUUCUCUCAGCCAGACUUUCUCAAGAUCAAUAGUGCAAUAUACUCAAAAUUUUGAGAGAGUAGAGGUGUUGGGGUGAUGUGUUAUUUUGCAGUGAUUUUCAUAUCCUGUUUGUUCAUUGUCAUUGUCACUCUUAAUGUAUUGUUUGAAAUGGAAUAUUCUUAAGAGUCACGUGCAAGUAUAUCUUGGGCAGAACAAAAAUUGACUAUUAUAAACUAAAAGCUAUCAAGUACCAAAUGUGAUUAAGUAUUUUUUAUCUUUUAAAAUAAUAAAAAUGCACACGCAAAUUGGAUCAUAGCAGUGUUGCUGUUUCAAAUUUUAUAUUAUUUAUACGUUUCCAUAUUGGUAAAGUACAAUUCACAAAAAUAUACCGUGAGUAUUAACAUAAUUCAAAAGUUUCUCUUUUGUUUCAGUAAUUAUAUGGAUAGUGUGAUAUGUAAGCUAAGCAGGCUUAUCAUAGCUUUGAAUUAUAUUGUGUAGAGUUAAAGUGUGUUUAUUAAUGUAUGUAAACUGUCAGAAUAUCAAUGUAACAGUUGUAGUUUGUACAGCCAUGUUGCUAUGUAGUUGAGAUUUACAAGAUGUUUAUAAUCAAAUUCUGGAUGUGAUGAACAGGUAAUGCAUUCCACAAGUUUUCAUCAGCACAGAACAAAUUGUUUGCCCUAGUAGUUAUUCAGCAGAUGAUACGAACUUUUUCCAAAAUAGCACAACUCAUUAUUGCGCUGAGAACCAAUCAUUAUUAUUAUUAUUAUUAUUAUUAUUAUUAUUAUUAUUAUAAAUAAACUGAUAAAUGUGAAGGUGCAAAAUGAGAAAUUAAUAUUAUAUAGGUGUAGUUUGUACCUUUGGAUGCCUUUCUUGCUUUAAGUCUUCCCGUGUCUGUAUCUCACUAAGCAAGAUAGUCUGCACGAAAGGCAGGAAAGGUCUGUGAGAAUCCAAUUGUAACUAAGUUCCAAGUGUUCAGUUGUUACUUUUUCUAUAAUAUCUUAAAAAGUUACUUUCUUUUUAUUCAGAAUAUUUUCAAAUGAAUCAUGGGUAAGAGGAAUGUAUUCAUGUCAGCAUAUUGUAAUGAUAAUGAGAUUUUGUAAUAAGUUUUAAUGAAGCAGGAUUAUUUUGAUGCAUUAACCCCUUUUUAUGUAGGUUUUCUUUUUUGAUGAAUUAUUAACUAAAGUACAUUUGUUCAUUAUAAUUUUACUGAUAAAAAUAUUUGUUGCAAAAAUUAAAUAACUUGGGCUUUUGUGAAAAAAAAUAUCACUUGUUAUAUUUUGGUCAUGGGAACAAUUUUCAGGUAUAGCCAAGAAAUCUCCAUUCACUCUGUGCUUAGUAGAACUUGAUCAAAUAAAAAAUUAUCUCAAUAUUUUGUGUUGGGUUUAAAGGGUUUAAAUUAAGAAUUUUCUUCAACUUGUGCUAUCUGGAAAUGAUAGCAUUUAAUUUACUACAUGUAAUACCACUUUUUUUGGCAGUAUCCCAAAAAAGUAAGGAGCUUGGUUACAGGUGAAUAUUUUUUAGUUAUAAAAUAAGUGUAAACAGGAUUUACAGGUGUUUUAAAACAUUUGUAGUAAUAUCUGUGAAGUAGUGUGUAUUUUUGGAAAGUCAUUUAACAUUCUUUGUUAAUAUUUGUUUUCAGUCCAUUUCUUAAAGUGCAAUUAUGCUGAAUGAUGUGAGACUUCUAUUUUUAUGAAGGGAUUGAAAAUAUAUACUAAAACCAUUUCUUAAGGAAUUUUUAAGGAUGAAUUUCAUAAGAAUAAUCUACAUUAAAAUCAAGUGACUCACGUGCCACAUUAUUGGGAAAUCAGCAUGCUUAAGGGUCCUUAUUAUGUGUUGUACAUGAUACACAAAAAUAUAUAUAAUAUUCACACUAAACAAAGUGUUGAUCUCUAGGGCCUUCAUUAUAGUAAAGAAAGUAAUACAGAAA